AUGGCGAGGCACACUGAGGACGUCCGGUGCAUGCCUGUGGAGAGGCUUGUGCAGUAUCCCGAUGUUGCGCGAUCGUGCACUGGCGAGGACUCCCGAUUGAUCGGCAGUGACUCGCCUGGGAGUGUCCAGCAGGCGGUGCGAGAGAAGCCGAGAACACCUUUGGACAGAGACUGGGCAGAAGGGAACGACGGGAAUGACACCGACUUCGUCUCAACAAGCCCGAGCGACUGUGCCUGGGCGAUGAAGCACCAGAUAACGAGCAGGCUGUUGGGUGCCGUUGUGGAGCUUCAGGCGUGUGAUAUGCCAUUUGUGUGCAACUGA